ACAUGAUCCCGCCAGAACACGAGUGAAUAUUUGCUGUAUUCGAGCAUCUAUCUUCCGAGCAUCCGAGCACAUAUAUCCCAUGGCCACAGUGCACUUCACGACUUCGGUCACACAUAUGCGUGGGUCCUCCGCGCGAAAAACGGUUCUUAAAAAAACCCGCACCUGCGUCUUCACCCAAAAAUUGCAUCGCUUGUCCGUGGGGAAGAAGCGGAGAACGUUUCCCAUGACCCGGUAUUUGAAAACCUGUAUUGCUCUUCAUGUAAUACGGCCGCCAGACUGUGACCCUCGCGAAGAUGUCCUGCUCUGUUCCGGAGAAGUAUCGCGUCCCAAGCGCACGCACUUUCAAGCAUGCCUGCUGCAUGUUUUCUCGGGCAUGUGCAACACCACCAGUUGCGUCGCCUCGGCUUUUGCAUACGAAGCUUCUGGGGUGCUAAAUCAGGAGGCGACACCUUUGCAGAACGCCUUCGGCCUCACUUUCACCAUUUUUUCCGCGUGGUAUUUCCUUCGUGUAGUAAGAAAACGUGGGAACGCGGCGAAGAAAUUCCGUGUAGCUAACUCUCUUUCCAAAGAAGAGCGUGAAAGACGUGAUCUCGAGGAACUCAAGCGCGUGAAAAAACUCAAUGCACAGCAGUCAUUUGUUGGAGGGAUCACUGCAAUAGGAAUCUCCAUAGUUCUGUACGAAUUUGCACAGAACAUCCAGGCAUCCUUCGACAGUCGACCAGUCCCCGUGUCUUAUCAGAUUCGACAGAUCUCAAAUACAGUGCGCACAAUUGUGGAAGGCCUGGCUUAUCUCGCAACAUUUAUCUAUGCAGCGAAUGGAACAGGAUUAGUUGCCCUUUCCAUGCAGAAACUGUUGGAUACAGCUGUUCCGCGCGAUACAACGAAAACAGAUGGAGAAAAUCGGCGAACAACUGAUACAAAUCUGCAUCACAUAGAGGACGGCACGGAUGGUGAGUGAUUUCACUGGUGGCAACUUUUGACUGCUUUGCUUCGCAGCAUAAGGUGCAAUUUGUUGCUUGAUGUACGCAGUAAAUACUGACGGGCACUAUCAACUCACGUGUGUUUGUUAAUCACGAAGGUACCUCCCACUUCAUUUCAGCAUAGAAGGGGCAGGCAUUAUGUUAACUUGCUUUUCUCAUCGGAACGCGCGGCUUCCAGCAGAUAUGUUGCCAUCUGUUUGCCAUCGUGCCCAUCUCCUAGUCCUAGCAUGUUUGAAAUUUCGAGGAUUUGUGCUUCUUC